UGUAACAAAAACUGAUUCAGUGCCUGAAAUUCGUGUGGCAAAAGUUAGUUUGGUGCCGGAGAUCAGCUUUAGGAAAAAGGGCUGAGGUAAAACUUGUCUGGAAAUGGCCACCAGGAAACAGAAAAAGUUGGCAGAGGAGGCAGGAGAGCUUUCCUCCUCAGAUUCAGAACAAGUAACCUUGUCUGAAAUGUCUCUCAAGUAUCAAUUAGAGAUGAAGAAAUUAGAGAUUGAGGAAAAAGAGAAAGAGAGACAAGCUGAGGAGAGAGAGAGAGCCAGGCAGGCUGAAUUGGAGGAGAAGCAAAGAGAGAGAGAAUGGGAGGAAAAACGAUGGCAACUGCAGAAGGAUAAAGAAUUAGAGUUGAGGAGAAUGGAAAUAGAUUUGGAGAAGCAAAGAUUGACACACUCUCAACCUCAUGCUGAUACCCAAGAAGGGGAUUUGAGAGCUGGAGCACCUGAUGUAAUUUUAAAAAGGUUUCCCAGAUAUAACAAGGAAGAUGAUAUAGAAAAGUUCCUUAUAUCCUUUGAAAGGUGCUGUAAAGAUUUUGAAGUGAGUGAAGACAAAUGGAUGUUAUAUCUGAGGCCACAAAUUAGUGGAAAGCUUCUAGAAAUAUAUAGUGAUAUGGCUGAAGACACUCACAGAGAUUAUAAGAUGUUUAAACUGCAGGUACAACAAAAGUUUCAGUUGACGCCUGAAUUUUACAGAUUAAAGUUCAGAACUUUAAAGAGGGACAGACACCAAAGUUUUGCGCAAGUUGCUUCAAAGCAAGCUCAAUACUUUGACAGCUGGGUGAGGACUUCUGAAGUAGAUUCCUUUCUGCAACUUAAGGAACUAUUGAAGCUGGAGCAGCUCUUUCACCUAGUUCCCUCAGAAUACAGAUGGCUAAUUCAAGACCGAAACCCAAAGACAGCCAACGAAGCUGCAGUUAUGAUUGACCAGCUAAUUACCUUGAAAGAAGGUUUUAGGAAGGAGGAAGAACCAAAAGAGAAAAAACCUCUAAAGCCGACGUUUUACCCUCACGCACGCACACAGAUGCAAAGGGGAGGUUCAGGAGAAAACACCGCCUAUAGGAAGCAUGAGGCAGUUGCAGGCCAAGCCAGGCCUGAGGAAAAGAUAAAAUGUUACCAUUGUGGAAGGCCAGGGCAUCUGAGAUACCAAUGUAACUUAAUCAAGAAAGACAGGUCUACGUUCUUUGUAAAUAGAGCUCCAAUAGAACAAGAAGUGGAACCUAAAGUUAAGUCUAGAAGCCCUGAUGCGAGGCCAAAAGAAAAACAAUGUUUAUUUAUCCUUUCAAGAGAAAUCUCUGAAGACUAUUUAGAAUCUAUUGUCAUAGAUGAGAUACACACGCAGGGAUGGAGAGACACUGGGUCGGAUGUCUGUAUUAUACGUCCUGAAGUGGUCCCACAGAGAUACCAACAUCCCUCUUCAGAGAUAAAUUUAAAGGGGAUAGGUCCGUCGAUACCAACCCCUGUAGUAUCCUUACCCAUCAAGUACAAAGGCUGGGAAGGAUUAUGGGACUUCACUGUCUGCGCGGAUAUCCCAUACAACUGUUUGAUUGGGAAUGAUUUAAAUGGAAAAGUUAAGAAUUGGCAGAAAGAGGCUGAUGGACAUGAAGGCAACAUGGAGGUCCACAUUCCAAAAGCCAAGUGUUUAACCAUCCAAGCUAGCUCAGAGCAACUUCCUGAGUCUAGUUCGAACAUCACUGAGUUGGUCAGCGGAAUAGAGGGAAAACAAGAGAUACUGCGAGAGCAGCUAGCAGAUGAAACAUUACAACCUUUGUUCUUGCAAGCUCAGAGCGCCACAGGAACAGAAGAAAGUAAAACUCCUAAGUUCGUACUUAAGGAGGGAGUUUUGUACAAGAAAAGUACAAGCCAUAAGACUUUGAAUGAGCCAGAAACACGUACCCAAAUAGUGGUACCUGUAAACUACAGGAAACAACUGUUAGAUGUGGCCCAUGACAAUCCACAAGGAGGGCAUUUGGGGGUUAGAAAAACCACCCAAAGAAUCAGCAAGAACUUUUUCUGGCCUGGCAUGUAUCAACAUAUCAAGGAGUUUUGCAGCUCGUGCGAUACUUGCCAAAGGUUUAGCACGGGAAGAGAUAAGACCAAAGCUCCUUUAGUUCCCAUGCCGGUUGUUGGGGAACCCUUUUUCCGAGUAGGGAUUGAUCUAGUUGGUCCUUUGUAUAAGCCCAGUCGGAGAGGAUACAAAUAUAUCCUCACAGUAAUAGACUAUGCAACCAGGUAUCCAGAUGCAGUGGCUUUGACCAAUAUUGAAACUUCCACCAUAGCCAAUGCGCUGUUAUCAAUUUGGGGAAGGACUGGAUUUCCCAGAGAGCUUGUGUCAGACCUGGGGACUCAGUUCACCUCGCGGCUAAUGAAGAAGUUAUUAGAGCUGUGCGGAAUUAAACACCUAACGUCCACAGCUUAUCAUCCGCAAACGAAUGGCCUAGUAGAAAACCUGAACAAAACACUAGUGAAAAUGAUCAAGGCCUAUAGCCAGCAGAGACCCCACGACUGGGACACCAAGUUGCAGCAGCUGUUAUUCGCAUAUCGAUCAGUCCCACAGGACAGCACUGGUUACUCGCCUUUUGAAUUGUUAUUCGGAAGGAAGGCUCGUGGACCCCUUGAUUUGAUCAGAGAGCACUGGGAAGCAAGUCCUACGCCAGAUCCUGUUCCUGUCGACGACUACAUCAAAGAUCUUCAGUCAACAUUAAAGAUGGCCAGGGACAUCGCCCAGGAACAUCUUAGGACGGCCCAGGAGCAACAAAAGAUCCGGUACGACGCAACGUCGAGACCCCGAGACUUCAACGUCGGAGAUGAGGUCCUGUUUUUAACACCCAACAAGAACAACAAACUACAGAUAGACUGGACUGGACCGUGGAGGAUCGUCAGGAAGCAGAACCAUGUGAACUGUGACAUCCUAGAUGAACGAUUGGGGAUUGAGAAACGGGUGCAUGUAAAUAUGAUUAAGCCGUAUGUAAAUAGGUCAGCAAAUGUUUACUGUAUAGUAUCAGAGGAAGAUACAGGUCCUUUUUCAUUUUGGGAAGGUAAUAGGGAGAUACAUAGAAACUUGGAUAAAGUAACCAUAAAUUUAGACUUAUCUCCAUCACAACAAAGAGAGGUUAAAGGAAUCUUGGCUAAGUAUAAAGUCAUGUUUUCGGAUUUACCUGGGAGAGUGCAGGGAGUGCAACAUAAAAUAUGCACCGGUGACGCCGCACCGAUAGCAUCCCCUCCCUAUAGGGUAACGGGUAAGAUAAGCGAAUGCAUAGAGCGAGAGGUCAGGGAGAUGUUAGAUUUGGAUAUAAUCGUGCCAUCUAACAGCCCUUGGGCUUCACCCAUAGUGUUAGUAAAGAAGCCAGACAAAACCAUAAGGUUUUGCAUAGAUUACCGGCGGCUAAAUAAAAUCACCCAAAACGACAUGUAUCCGAUGCCCCGUUUGGAUGAUUUACUAGAAAGAAUUGGAAAAGCCAAAUUUAUAAGUAGUAUUGAUUUGACUAAGGGGUUCUGGCAAGUGCCUAUGGCACCUGAAGACCAGUCCAAAACGGCCUUUAGAACUCAGGGGGGACUCUACGAAUUCGUCGUUUUACCAUUUGGAUUAAAAAAUAGUCCCGCGACAUUUCAGAGGCUGGUAGACAAAGUUCUCUAUGGCUUAGGUGAGUUCUGUUUAGCCUACAUGGAUGACAUAGGUAUCUAUAGUGAUUGUUGGGAGGACCAUCUUAAGCAUCUUGAUUGUGUGUUGGGCAGGUUAUUAGAAGCUGGGUUAACUAUUAAAGCUUCUAAAUGCAAGUUAGGAAACCAUACGUCUAAGUAUUUGGGACAUAUCAUAGGUGGAGGGUGUAUCAGACCUGAUCCUACCAAGGUCAAAGAUAUACACCAAUGGCCAAUCCCAAAAACAAAAAAGCAAAUUAGAUCAUUUCUUGGUUUGGCCGGAUAUUACCGAAAGUUCAUUCCGUCUUUCAGUAAUUUAGCUGCCCCAUUAUCAGACCUUACAAAAAAGAAACACCCAAACCAAGUAAUAUGGUCCCCCAAGUGUCAGGAAUCCAUGGACAAUUUAAAAAAGGCCCUUACUUCUGAUUCGGUUUUAAAAGCCCCAAAUUUUGAUGACCCAUUUAUUUUAACUUGUGACGCUUCAGACACUGGACUAGGAGCAGUCCUAAGUCAAAUUGAUGAAGAUGGAGAGGAUAGGCCCAUACUAUUCCUCAGUAAGAAGUGGCAUUCCAAUGAGCUUAGCAUGUCCACAAUCGAGAAGGAAUGUUACUCGAUAAUCUGGUCCAUAAAGAAACUGAAACCAUACCUGUGGGGAAGGAAGUUUAUGUUACAAACUGAUCACGCACCCCUAAGAUGGUUGGAUAAUGUAAAAGGGACCAAUAACAAAUUAUUGAGAUGGAGUUUAUCACUACAGGACUUUACAUUUGAUAUUAAACAUAUAAAGGGCAAAUGUAAUGUAGUAGCUGAUGCUCUAUCCAGAGCACCUUGAUCGGAAGACUUACAGGUUUGUAUUUAGAGUUUAAGGUAUGAUGUUAUGUUUAUGUAUAGAUAUGUAUUUUGUGUUACUCUCUAUUAUUUUUGCUUAUUCUGGACCCAGAAUAAGCAAAAAUAAUAGAGAGUAACACAAAAUACAUAUCUAUACAUAAACAUAACAUCAUACCUUAAACUCUAAAUACAAACCUGUAAGUCUUCCGAUCAAGGUGCUCUGGAUAGAGCAUCAGCUACUACAUUACAUUUGCCGACCUAUUUACAUAUGGCUUAAUCAGGUUUACAUGCACCCGUUUCUCAAUCCCCAAUCGUUCAUCUAGGAUGUCACAGUUCACAUGGUUCUGCUUCCUGACGAUCCUCCACGGUCCAGUCCAGUCUAUCUGUAGUUUGUUGUUCUUGUUGGGUGUUAAAAACAGGACCUCAUCUCCGACGUUGAAGUCUCGGGGUCUCGACGUUGCGUCGUACCGGAUCUUUUGUUGCUCCUGGGCCGCCAUAAGAUGUUCCUGGGCGAUGUCCCUGGCCAUCUUUAAUGUUGACUGAAGAUCUUUGAUGUAGUUGUCGACAGGAACAGGAUCUGGCGUAGGGCUUGCUUCCCAGUGCUCUCUGAUCAAAUCAAGGGGUGCACGAGCCUUCCUUCCGAAUAACAGUUCAAAAGGCGAGUAACCAGUGCUGUCCUGUGGGACUGAUCGAUAUGCGAAUAACAACUGCUGCAACUUGGUGUCCCAGUCGUGGGGUCUCUGCUGGCUAUAGGCCUUGAUCAUUUUCACUAGUGUUUUGUUCAGGUUUUCUACUAGGCCAUUCGUUUGCGGAUGAUAAGGUGUGGACGUUAGGUGUUUAAUUCCGCACAACUCUAAUAACUUCUUCAUUAGCCGCGAGGUGAACUGAGUCCCCAGGUCUGACACAAGCUCUCUGGGAAAUCCAGUCCUUCCCCAAAUUGAUAACAGCGCAUUGGCUACGGUGGAAGUUUCAAUAUUGGUCAAAGCCACUGCAUCUGGAUACCUGGUUGCAUAGUCUAUUACUGUGAGGAUAUAUUUGUAUCCUCUCCGACUGGGCUUAUACAAAGGACCAACUAGAUCAAUCCCUACUCGGAAAAAGGGUUCCCCAACAACCGGCAUGGGAACUAAAGGUGCUUUGGUCUUAUCUCUUCCCGUGCUAAACCUUUGGCAAAUAUCGCACGACCUGCAAAACUCCUUGAUAUGUUGAUACAUGCCAGGCCAGAAAAAGUUCUUGCUGAUUCUUUGGGUGGUUUUUCUAACCCCCAAAUGCCCUCCUUGUGGAUUGUCAUGGGCCACAUCUAACAGUUGUUUCCUGUAGUUUACAGGUACCACUAUUUGGGUACGUGUUUCUGGCUCAUUCAAAGUCUUAUGGCUUGUACUUUUCCUGUAUAAAACUCCCUCCUUAAGUACAAACUUAGGAGUUUUACUUUCUUCUGUUCCUGUGGCGCUCUGAGCUUGCAAGAACAAAGGUUGUAAUGUUUCAUCUGCUAGCUGCUCUCGCAGUAUCUCUUGUUUUCCCUCUAUUCCGCUGACCAACUCAGUGAUGCUUGAACUAGGCUCAGGAAGUUGCUCUGAGCUAGCUUGGAUGGUCAAACACUUGGCUUUUGGAGUGUGGACCUCCAUGUUGCCUUCAUGUUUCUCAGCUUCUUUCUGCCAAUUCCUAACUUUUCCAUUUAAAUCAUUCCCAAUCAAACAUUUGUAUGGGAUGUCCGCGCAGACAGCGAAGUCCCAUAAUCCUUCCCAGCCUUUGUACUUGAUGGGUAAGGAUACUACAGGGGUUGGUAUCGACGGACCUAUCCCCUUUAAAUUUAUCUCUGAAGAGGGAUGUUGGUAUCUCUGUGGGACCACUUCAGGACGUAUAAUACAGACAUCCGACCCAGUGUCUCUCCAUCCCUGCGUGUGUAUCUCAUCUAUGACAAUAGAUUCUAAAUAGUCUUCAG